AUGAUCGUGGACAAGCUACUUGACGACAGCCGUAGCGGAGAGGGGCUGCUGGACGCGGCCGGCGACUGCGGCCUCAUGACCAGCCCGCUCAACCUGGCCUACUUCUACGGCGCGUCCCCGCCGGCCGCGGCGCCCGGGCCCUGCGACCCCAGCGGCCUGUCGUCGGGGCCUUCGGCUCCGGGCUCGCCCGGCUCGGACUCCUCGGACUUCUCCGUGUCGUCCGUGUCCUCCUGUGGGGCCGUGGAGUCCCGGCCGAGAGGCGGCCCCCGCGCCGAGCGGCAGCAAGUUGAGCCCCAUAUGGGGGUUGGAAGGCAGCAGAGAGGACCCUUUCAAGGUGUUCGUGUGAAAAACUCGGUGAAGGAACUCCUGUUGCACAUCCGAAGUCAUAAACAGAAGGCUUCAGGCCAAGCUGUGGAUGAUUUUAAGACACAAAGUGUGAAUGCAGAACAAUUCACAGAACUGAAGAACACAGGAUCAUAUAGUGGAAAAAGGAAAGGCCCUGAUUUGUUGACUGAUGGACCAGCUUGCAAAAGGCCAGCUCUCUUGCAUACCCAGUUCUUGACUCCACCCCAAACACCAACCCCAGGGGAGAGCAUGGAAGAUGUUCAUCACAAUGAAUCCAGACAUGAUAGCACUGCUGAUCUGCUUCAGAACAUUAUCAACAUUAAGAAUGAAUGCAGCCCCAUUUCCCUGAACACUGUCCAAGUUAGCUGGAUGAACCCUGUGAUCGUCCCUCAGAGUUCCCUCGGAGAGCAGUGUCAGGACUUCCACAGAGGGCAGCUCUUCUCCCCACCUCAGAAAUACCAGCCUUUCCAAGUCAGUGGCUCUCCACAAAUGAUGGAUCAGGCUUCCUUGUACCAGUAUUCUCCACAGAAUCAGGAUGUGCAGCAGCAGCAGCAGCAGCAGCAACAACAACAACAACAACAACAUCACUAUACCCACAGCUCAAAUCUGGACUAUAGUCCUUAUUCCAGCACUCAGUCCCCCAGCUAUGAAGAAAAUGUCUUUGAUGUUCAGGAACCUCAUUUCUGCCCAGACCAAAGUUUUUCGCCUCUUCUUAGUAAUCAGAGGGAAUCUGAAAAUAUUGCUGUUCCCAUUCAGACUGCCCCUAAUGUUCAGCAACAAAAUGAUGUCCACCUGCAGAACUUUAGCAUGAUGCCAAACAGUGCCUGUGAGGCCAUGAGUGGGCAUGAUGCAGGCUCUUCCCCCAUGAACACUUCACUGCCAUUCCAAAACAUUGCUGGAAAUGCAAUGAACACCACACAGUUAGGAAAGUCAUUUUUCCAGUGGCAAGUAGAACAGGAGGAAAGCAAAUUGGCAAAUAUUUCCCAAGACCAGUUUCUUGCAAAGGAUGCAGAUGGUGACACGUUCCUCCAUAUUGCUGUAGCCCAAGGGCGAAGGGCACUCUCCUAUGUCCUUGCAAGGAAGAUGAAUGCACUUCACAUGCUGGAUAUUAAAGAGCACAAUGGACAGAGUGCCUUUCAGGUGGCAGUAGCUGCCAAUCAGCACCUCAUUGUGCAGGACCUGGUGAACCUUGGGGCCCAGGUGAACACCACAGACUGCUGGGGAAGAACACCUCUGCAUGUCUGCGCUGAGAAGGGCCACUCCCAGGUGCUUCAGGCAAUUCAGAAGGGAGCUGUGAAGAGCAAUCAGUUUGUGGAUCUUGAGGCAACCAACUAUGAAGGCCUGACUCCUCUCCACUGUGCGGUUGUAGCUCACAAUGCUGUGGUGCAUGAGCUUCAGAGAAACCAACAACCCCACUCACCUGAAGUUCAGGAGCUCUUACUGAAGAAUAAGAGUCUAGUUGACACCAUUAAGUCCCUGAUUCAAAUGGGAGCAGCAGUGGAAGCUAAGGAUCGUAAAAGUGGUCGCACAGCCUUGCACUUGGCAGCUGAAGAAGCAAAUCUGGAACUCAUUCGCCUCUUUUUAGAGCUUCCUAGUUGCCUCUCUUUUGUGAAUGCAAAGGCUUACAAUGGAAAUACUGCCCUCCAUGUUGCUGCCAGCUUGCAGUAUCGGGUGACCCAGUUGGAUGCAGUCCGCUUGCUUAUGAGAAAGGGAGCAGACCCCAGUACUCGGAACUUGGAGAAUGAACAGCCAGUGCAUUUAGUUCCUGAUGGUCCUGUGGGAGAACAGAUCCGACGUAUCCUGAAGGGAAAGUCCAUUCAGCAGAGAGCCCCACCUUAUUAG